GGGGCGCCAAUGACGCUAACUUUACUCAUCGGGACCCGAAAGCUUGCCCUAUACAAGCCGUAGGGGCGUGGCUGUGGCGUUUAUCAAUAGGGAAAGAUUAUCAAGGAACGCCAAACCAUUGAGUAAUGCACCCCUACCGCAACCACCCGUUUUUGCACACUGUACUACAGUAAUUUCUCGAAUAUUGUCCACAGACCUGUGGACAAUAUUUGAGAAAUAACUGUAGUGCAGUGUGCAAAUAACGGCGGCAGCGAUAGGGGUGUAUAAGCUUGGAACUGGAAAAGCGGACGAAAUUUGUCGACUACGAGCCUACGUGCGAUCAGGAAUACGACGACGUCUCACUCUCGUGUCGAAUUUCGACGACAUCAGUGAUGCAUGCAUCCUGCAUGAAUACAGUGUAUAGCGCGGAGUAUCGGGUGGAUUGGAAUUAAAGAGCGGUGAGAUAAUUCUGACUAUACAACGCUGAUUCUCUCUCAGCCGCACUUGACUUGGUUGAUAUGCAUGAACGCCAAUGUGUAUCAUUUGAAUAAUCACCGCAUUCCAGAGAGAAUGAAUAGAUAGAAACAGAUCGAAGCUACCUUGUCACAUGUAUUUCUAGCUGCAGUUGAACUAUAUAGUUUCUGUGUACAUCCACGUUUCUUCUAUACACAAGGCGCCAUUUUCUAGCAUACCAGAUAUUGUCAUAUACAUUUUGCUUGGAAUAUCGCUUUCAUUUCGCAAGGCAACACUUCAUCGCGUACAUUCAAAGAGAUAUUGAUUUUGUCGAAUAAAUGGACACAUUUUUGUUUGAUUACUGCCAACAUCACGGGCAUCUCUAAUACUUUAUAUUUGCUAUUUAAUGACGCUAUAAAGGAACGAUAAAAGAGGGAUAAACUGCACAAGGAUACAAUACUUUUGUCUUGAACAUCGUCAAGGAUAAAGAUAACCGAAGAUGCAGGACAUUGAUCUGCAUAGCUUGGAGUGCUCUAUUUGCCUCAAGACUAUCAAUGAACCCAAACUCCUGACCUGCUCUCACACCUUUUGCAAGUCAUGUCUAGAGAAAUUGUCUGAUGCACAGGUGAACCGAUCUAUUCUACCAUGUCCCAUCUGCAAGAAGACAACAGCCGUCCCCAAGGGAGAAAUCGGUAAUCUACAGACCUACCAGGCUCUUCAGUCGGUGGUUGAUGACCUGAAGAAUCAACGCCACCCUUGUACAUCAUGUGAGAAGGCACCUUUAGCUAAAGUACAUUGCCAGGAAUGUGGCAAGUACAUGUGCGACGACUGUCAGAAGAUCCAUAAGCAGUGGGGUACCUUUUCCCAGCAUCAGGUGGUGGAUAUUACCGAUUUUUGCUCGGGCAAGUUACAGCUCAAGAAGAGAGCCACGUGUAAGAAACACCCAACUGCUGAUGCAUCCUGCUUCUGUAUUGAUUGCCGUAUGUACAUCUGCUUUUGUGAGUUGCUCGAGCAUUCCAGGCAGACCCAUGAGAUCUUGAAAGUCGAGGAGCACGAGGGGGAUGUGAGAGAAAACAUCGAGGGUUUGAGAGCCAGAGCUUCGAUGAGGAAGAACACCAUAAACAAAUACGCUGCCUAUGUGGAGGAGCAACAGCAACGUUUAGACAGCCUCUUGGGCCAGAUGAAUGAGCAGAUCGACGAGGCAUACGAGCUUUCAGUGAAACGACUGACAGAGAGGAAGGCAAUACUGAAGAACGAUGUGAAACACCGAAUCAAUCAGCUGGAGGUGUCUUUGAAGGACAUGCUGGAAUCAAGUCACCAACAAAAUAUCCAUGUAGAUGCUGCCACCGAGCUGGUUAGCCAUGGCCUCAAUAAUCCUCUGGAAAAGGAAUCUCUGACAGCUCAUGACACACUCUGCGAGGAACUCUCAAGGAUCCUUGAUAGGGAUAACCCUGACUACAAACAACCAACAAUAGCUGCCAAGCUAGGAGAGAAAAUCCAAUUCAAGAGAAAUGAGGGUAACAAUGAACUUGAUCUUGGUCGAGUGCAGGUAGCCGAUUGGGCAGCAAAGCAAGUUGAAUUUCCAGUGAAAAACAGCAUUGUUGCAAUGUCUACCCUGCCUGAUGGUACUAUGGCUUUGGCUAGUAAUCAAGGAGGUGUCGACAUAUUUGAUGUUGAAGGGCGUGUCGUUAGAUCUGUUCUAAAGAAUACGAAGCUGCGAGUAAUGGCAACCCUCAAGAAUGGUUCUUUAGUUGCACGUGACAAGGCAAACACCAUCACUAUUUACAACAAGUCAGGUGAGCUAGUUAAACACCACCGCUUCGAAACCUCGCGGUACGACGUGGCUGGAGCAGGCGAUCUAGCAGUAGACAACUACGAUGAUAUCUACGUUGGUUACAGGAAUGCCAAGUGCAUUCAAAUUUUCAACAGCGAAGGUGGCGGGUGUCACCAUGAAAUUCCAUGUGAUGGCUAUGAGCCCAGUCAGGUGUUCCCUCUCAAGACCAAAAAGCAGUUGCUGGUGCAGAGCCACUCCAACUCUGUAAGGCUGAUCGAUUUCCACGGCAACAAGAUGCACGAAGUCACUCUCUUCGAUAACAUCUACGGUUACCCUGCCGUGUCAGAUAAUGACGACAUCGUCAUCGCCUGGGUGAAGCAUGAUGAAGGCUUAGUAAGCAUCGACUUGUACAACAGCGAAUUGAAGCAUGACCAGACGCUCAUUGCCGAUUACAAGAUAGAGAAGCCAGAAAAGCGCCACUGGUACUCCCUGGAGCUCUUCAAAGGAGAAAACAACAAAAAGGACUAUCCGCCAAAGUGCAUUGCCUUCUGUACUCCAGACCGGAUGUACAUCUUCAAAGAGGCCAUGACGGCUGCAAAUGUGUAGAUCAGCCAAGUAUUAUUUCAAGUAAACCACCUUAUCUAACCCAAAUUAGAGUACCUUAAUUAACCCAAACUAGAGUACCUUACUUAACCCAAAUUAGAGUACCUUAAUAGGAAAAUACUUAUGUAAAAAUGAGGUAGCUAGGGCAGUCACCGCAUUCUUCUUGAAAAGAGAACCGUGAGAUGCGAGAUAGAAUAGUUACGAGAAUAGACACACCCCUCCGUUACCCUUUCCUGACGUGAUUACAGACCUAUCAUGUCCGACUCGAUUCUUUAUUACCCAUCUCAUCAGAGUAAACCAAUACCUCAUCUCUCUAUCGUACCUUUCAAAAUUUGUUUAAUCGAAAUUAUUGUAAUUUUAAUAGUGUGUAUUCAUGCAAAAAAAUCAAAUGAUUUUGAUUGCACUUCAAGUAAGAAAAUGAACACAAAAAUUAACGAUUGAAAGAAAAGAUACAUUUGUCAUUCAGAGAAAUCCCAUUAAUACCUGCUAUGUAUUUGCUUGUAUAUUGUCCUCGUAUCGUUAUUGGAAUGUUAAUGUAGAAUAAGUUGACUCAGUACUGUUUGUUUCGUUUGUGUAAAAAGUAUUUCAUUAUAUUAAAGUGCCUUAAUAGGCAUUUUAAUGAAUUAAGUUCGAGGUAAAUAUAGUACUGCCUAUAUACAUGUAUAUAUUGUUCAUGGAUGUUGAGUAUUUUGCUAAGUAUAGUUGCUUGAUGAAAAGAAAAAAAAGGUUAGUUUUGUUAUAAAGAAAUUAUUUUAUGAAUGUUUGCAGUUAAUUGUGACAUUCUGUACAUUUUACUGGUUCGUAUUCUGUGAAUGUUUAUUUUAGGUCUUUAUAUAUAAUUUCUGUUGGAGUCAUUCCUCACGCUACUUAUUUGUUUAACAAAGAUAACUACCGAAUCACAUUGUGUCCUUUGACUUUAUUAGCCAAGUAAUAUUCUAUGCUCUUUUAUGUAUUUGUAUGAAAGCAAAGGUCUAUUUGGAAUAUAGUUCAAUUUUUUAAAUAGACCUUAGAAAUGAUUUAUAUUUAGAGUUUCAUGUAUAAAGUGUGUAUAUUUUUUGGUUAAGUAGGUCUUCUCUCUAUAUAUUUUUUUGUUUGAGUAAUAGUUAUGUCAUACAUCUGUACAUUUUCAGAAUAUGUUUAGUAGAUAAAAUAAUCAAGUUUAUCAUUUUAGUUACAUGUAGGCCUAUAUGUAUAUAUGUUUGAAGCCGGGAUGAUAGUGUUAGGCUUUGGCAUCUGUUGCGUAAGGGACGCCAUUUAUGACUGAUUUAGAAUUUUGGAAUCAGCCUGCGUUAGUGUGUUAAAUUAAAAAAUUAUGGAAAUCUUAAACUGUGAAUACAGUUAUGACAUUAUGAUGUAACCACAUUAUAAAUGGUUCUCGUUCUUGUAAAUAUCGCAUAUAGAGUUGUAACCGAAUAGACGCUCAAAUAGCUGCAGCGUCAAUAUAUCAAAUGGUAUAUGAUUCAAAAUGAAAGUGCUGCAGGUUUCUUUCGAGUGAGUUAAAACGGUAUCCACUAUUAUCUAAACAUAUCUUUGGGGAUAUAAUCAUGUCAUAACACCUUUCUGUUUAUUCUCUCAUGGACAAAGAUCUCAGGAACCACAGAUGAAUGUGAGAAUUGUGUAACGAACUUCGCCCAUUUCAUGUUUUUGGUGACAGGAAUUAAUAUCGCUUCCCUGAAUUUACUGCUAUAUAAGCUCGCAUUAGUUCUUGUUAUCCAGUAUACCAUUGUGCUCUUAAUUUGAAUGCAUUUUAAAGGUUGACUUCCUAUUUGUCUUGCAUGUGGGAAUUAUUUUUGACAUUAAUGAGUUGACCAUGGAAUACGAGUACAGACAUAUAAUGAUAGACUUUUUACAUGAUUUUAGAUAACAACCAAGAUGAAUACAUCAUUCAGUUUGUGUUAUCCAUGUACUUGGUAGAGUGUGUUUCAUUUGACAAGAAAUAUUCUUUGGUAUUCACUUCUACUGUUCGCACCUCUGUACAUCUCCUCAUAAUAGUGGAAUUGGGACAUAUAAGUCAGUAUACUAUAUGCAUCGACGUGUACAUGACUAAAUAGACUUACAACAGUACGAAGUUCAGUCUUGACAACUAAUCGAUAAAGCAAUUUUUUAUGCUGAGAAAUGUAAAGGUAACGCUAAGCUUGAAUGGUGCAAACCUUUCUUUAUUCACCCUUUUUACGAAUCAAUCAUAGUUGGUCAAAGAAUAGAACCACAGAAAUACGCUCAUUAUUCAUCGAGCAGCCCUGGUGAAUGAAAGAAAAAAAAGUCAGUUGAAAUUUUAGUUUUCAAAUCAAACACGACAUGUUUUGAUGAUAUUAGGUAUAGGCCCAUAUUCCCGCUAGGAAAAUGGCUAGAAGCGGAGGAUUCAGCAAUAUAUCUAAAUCGGGUGUUAUUAUCACAUUUAUUAAACUUGCAGGCUUGACGCAAAAGCAUCGCAUGAUCUGUCAUGAUUGAUUACUUUAAAACAAACAUCCUCUGUUUGGUUUAAUUAGUGGUAUGUGUAAAAUUUACUGUAAAUUAUUUCUGAUAUCUGAGUUCUUUCAUUAUCUGUUGAAAUGGCGCUUUUUGUACAUUCCGUAUAAAUGUUUUUUUUUAUCAAAUGCUUAUUGUCAGCUUCUCUUUAUAUUCAAAGUAGGUUAAAAGCGUAUAAAGAUUAAAACUAUGUUGUCUCUUUUGGUUAAUAAAAUUGGUGAAAAGUUCUUUCUGAAA